AUGCCUUUGCCUAACAGUCAGCUGCCAUGUUGCCUAGGGACGAAGGGGCUUCUUCAGCUCUUGCAAGGGAUAAUAAAAUCAUGGUCGCGCUGGAACCUGGGUCUCCCCAUACCCGCCUACAUGCUAUCCUCUCAACAUCUCUGUCCCCAAGGUUGGCGGGAUUUUAAGCCUUUACGUCGGCUGUUCACCUACCACUGGCUGAUCCGAAUUUCCCGUCUUAUCGAGGCUACGCAGAAGGGAUGCGCUUUCUGCACCUUCGUACUGUACAUAUUUUUCGGUGCUGGGGAAAUCUCGGGAUAUUAUUACGAUCCAAAAAAGCCAUGGUACUCGGAACCGAAGAAGCACGACAAAGAGAGGAUGGCACUCGUCGAGCGCUGCAUGAAGUCCCUCACAAAGUUGCAGCACGACCGCUUCGGUUUCAAAGCCAUACCGCAUUGCCGCAGGGCAGGCUCCACGCUUCCUAAUUUCGAUGCGCUGCAGAUCGGGGUGUCGGACCUCAAGGGCCGCGAGCCAAAGGAUCUCACGUGCAUUCUCAACCAGUGGGAGCUGAACGUGGGUGUGUAUGCUGUUCAAGGCGACCCGCUUGCGGCUCUCAUCACCCACCGGCCCCCGAACCCCUCCCCUGGGUCAGAGCAUAGCCUGGCGCGAGCGAAGGCAUGGCUCGACACCUGUGUUCAAAACCACGGCCCCUCGUGUGGAACGCAAGAGCCGCUGGCUCUCCCUAGUAGGGUCAUAGACGUGUCAAAGCCAACACUCAGACUACACGAGACGUUUGCCACCGAGGCGGGCAACUAUGUUGCCCUCAGCUACUGCUGGGGCGACGCGCAGACAUACAUAUGCACUGCUGCCACCCUUCCAGAUCUCCUGGCAGGCUUCUCCCUUGAUGACCUGCCCCAAACAUUAAGGGACGCUGUCAGAGUUACCCGCAGCCUGGGGCUCAAGUACCUUUGGAUCGAUUCGCUCUGUAUCGUCCAAGACAGCCAAGCCGACAAAGCCCACGAGGUCGGCCGUAUGGCUCAGGUUUACAGGAACGCCUACGUUACUGUUGGCGCCGGGUUGGCCUUCUCGGUGCACGAUGGCUUCCUCACGGAUAAGGCCGACGCCGAGACGAAACUCUGGCGCAACCUGGUGCCCAUGAAGUGCCACCUCCCGGAUAUGAAGGCGGUUGCGAAAGCAGAAACCCUCGAGGACAUCUUCAAAACGCCCCGCGUCGCGGUGGGCACCCUGUACCUCAUCAUGGAAAUGGGCUGCGAGCGCGACUGGUACGAUGCGACCUCGUCGCGUGCGUGGUGCCUGCAGGAGCUCGUCGUCUCUCCGCGAUACCUGUCCUACGGCCGCUGGCCCACCUGGCGCUGCCGCCGCGCCACCCACAGCGAUGGCAGCUACUAUCCCGAGCACCCAAGGACGGGGCCCAGCACGCGCAAGCUGGCGAGCGCGCUGCUGCGGUCGGAGAAAUCGAGGGCCGAUCUGCGGACGACCGUCCAGCUGCACGACGUCUGGAGGGAACUUCUGCACGACUACACCCGGCGCAAGCUCAGCCUGCCCUCGGACCGCCUCCCCGCCAUCGGGUGCAUCGCCGAGCAGAUAAGCCAGCUGACGGGCGCCGGGUACGUCGCGGGUCUCUGGCGCAACAACCUCCUGUACGACGCCAUGUUUUACACUCAUGCGCGUGAGUGGCUGCCCCGGCCGGUCGGGAGCCGGGCGCCGUCAUGGUCGUGGGCGAGCGUCGACGCCCCCAUUGAAAUCGGGCGCGUUGGAGCUGAUGCUCUACCUCUCGCGACGGUGUACGCGUGCGAAGCAACACCAGCGUUGGGGCACACUGCCUUUGGAGAGGUGGCUGGGGGCUUUAUGGAGAUUGGCGGGCCGUUUAAGGAGGUCGGUAGGGAAGAUGCUAUCUUUCUGUUCAGGUGCCAGGAUGUUUUGAGGCUGGCGCCGGAAUGCAACAAAACUCUCUGGGAUUGGUACUCGCAGCUUUUGCAGGGAGUAGAUGAUUAUCCCGAGCGGAUAGUGGAGAUCGAAGAGGCAGUAGAAAAGCCGCCCGAGAGGGUGUUUGCGCUGCUGACGUUUAUGAACGAUUGGAAGAUCGUGGAUGGAAACCGGUGGGAGGUAACGUGCUAUUCUGGCCUGCUGCUGCGGGAGGUUGAAGGCGGCAAGUACGAGCGGAUCGGCGCCUUUAUCCACGAGGUUAAUGACUGGCUCAAUCACGAGCAGGAGGCGUGGGAGGAGAAGACGAUCACCGUGGUUUAAGCUUGAGGAUCUGGUGGGGGAAGAGUCCUAUAGACGUUAGUCUGAAUUGUUAAUUACAGGAAAAAAAGGCACAUGUAAAAAAAAAAAAAAAAAACAAGAACAAAGAAA